GGCCGCAGAUGGCCGUCCGCAUUGGAUCGCUUCGGCCCUGAUUUGGUCGUUGUACGACAGAUAUCUCGGUGAUUUCAGGGGAUUCGCGUUGAUUAGUUCCAAUUAGUUCCCACGGAAUUGUCGUCCGCUCUUCUUUGUCUCUUUUUCUUUUUGUCUGGAAUCUCCGCUGGUUUUCACGGAUUAAGUCAACGAAAACGUAAACGACCGGGAAACGCCAUGGAGGUCGACGUGCCUGAAGAAAAUACAAACGAACAAACGGCGAUGGAAAUCGAUGAGGACACCUUCGAUAGGACACCGAGGAUGUCCGGAAGUGUCAAAGUCAUGGCCUCUUCAGGCACCAUUGGCUCCGUAUCUAUCAGCUUGCAUCCGUUGGUGAUCAUGAAUGUCAGUGAGCACUGGACCAGGCUCAGAGCUCAGGAGGGCAGUGACCAGUUGGUGUAUGGUGCUCUGAUUGGUAAGCAGAAGGGUCGUAACAUAGAAAUUAUGAACUCUUUCGAGCUGUUGUUUACUUGCAUCGGCGAUGAUGUCAUAAUCGAUAGGGAAUAUUAUACCACAAAGGAGGAGCAAUUUAAACAAGUUUUCAGUGAAAUGGACUUUUUGGGUUGGUAUACAACCGGUGAUAUGCCUACCGAGAAAGACAUUCGAGUGCACAAGCAACUUUGCGAAAUUAAUGAAAGUCCUGUGUUACUGAAACUAGAUCCGAGACCAAAAAACACAGAGCACUUAUCUGUCUCUAUGUAUGAAUCGGUGAUCGAUUUAGUUAACGGUGAGGCUACCAUGUUAUUUGUUCCGUUAACUUACACAUUAGCCACAGAGGAAGCUGAGAGAAUUGGAGUCGAUCACGUACAAAGGAUGUGUAACAACGAUCAAGGCGAAUGCUCAGUAGUGGCUGAACAUUUAACGGCGCAACACAGUGCCAUCAAAAUGUUGCAUGCGAGGGUGAAACUCGUUCUAAGAUAUGUGCAAGCGGUACAGAAUGGAGAAUUAAAAGGAAACCAUGAGGUUCUUCGAGCGGCAUGUUCUUUGAGUCAUCGACUGCCUGUUCUGAACAAUCCGAAAUUUAAGGCUGACUUUUACAACCAAUGCAAUGAUUUUGGCUUGAUGACGUAUCUCGGUAUCAUAACUAAAGGCUGUAAUAAUAUAAAUCAAUUUGUAAACAAAUUUAAUAUCCUGUACGAUAGACAAGGCGUGGGACGACGUCUACGAAGUCUUUUCUUCUGAUAUGUAAAUAGACUCUAUUGUUUUUAUACAUGUCUUUUUUUACUUCUUAGAUAACUAAGUAUCGAACUCAGGAUUAAAGUUUAAACAGCCAACUUAAUCGAGGGAUAGUACUUCUAGAGGUACGUUGUAUCGAAUAUAAAUAAAGUAAAGAAGUUAUAUAGCAGUCUUUUUGAAAUAAAAUGUAAUAGCAAAUGUGAUAGAGAGUAAGAAUCACCCGAAACAUACAUUAUAUCGUUAAUAUCAUUCAGAAGUAAUAUUUAUUAAAUGCUGUCUUGUAUAAAUGGUAUGUUUUAACACAUUUCAAUUAACAAUAACGUGUGAUAUUAAUAAAAACUGUGAUGCGUUUCAAGAGAU